ACAGAUUCACCAGUGUGAAAGCUAACGACUUCUCCUACAUUCCGAGAUUGGCUUUUACGGGGAAGGUCUGCUUAUUUUCUAAUUCUAUACUAUGCUAAAUGGGCGAUAGCAAACAGAACAGCACCUCCCCUAUACUGUACGCUCACACGGUAUCGCACUAUCGUCACGUGGUGAUAAACAACCAUCAUUACCACAAGUGUCUUUGUGACAUCGAGCCUCGUAUCCUAUAUCCAUAGUGCUCGCAUAAUUCGGCUCACGGACCAUAACGCCUUUCACAAUGUCCGACGAAUCUCUUCCGAUCUCCCCACUUGCCUUCGCCGAAGCCAUCAAAGAGCUUCCCCUCCCCGUCCUCUACGCCAAGGUCUCUGAGAUCCGAAACUCGAUCGCUCACCUACAUCGCUCGAACGCAGAACUACAGAGCUUCAUCGACGAGUCAUGCGAGAGUGAUACCGAAAAGCGAGAGCUGGAGAGCUAUAUCACCGAAAACAAAGAUGUGGUCACUGCUAUGAUGGAGAGGGUCACGCUACUCAAGGCGGAGGUCGAGAGCCGCGGACAACAGUGGAUCGAGCUGGAUGAGAAAAAUAACGAGGACAAGGAGACAAAUGGAGAUUCCCAUGAGAUAAAUGGGGAUACACCGCCUGCUGCGCAUCAAGGUCAAACAACGGCUGCCUCGAGGGGAGAGAAUGCUUCCAGGAAUACGCAAAAUGCGGGAGAAGAGGGAGAAGAGGAGGGAGUUUAUCUAUGAAGCGCUGGCUUUGCAGCUUGCAUAGUGACAUAUGAUCUUUCAGAUUCAUUGUGUUUCAUGAUGGGACGAGUUCUCGAGGGUAGUUGUGCCAUAGAUUUGUAUACCCAGGGCAUAAUCAUAUUCAACGCAGUAAUGCUUUCCAGCCGAGUCAUGUGCGCUUUUCUCGCUGACUAUAAAGAAUCAGCCCCAAUUUCAGAUUUAGGAGGGGCGCCGGUUUAUUUCAUUGUUACUGAGAUUGAAGGCAAUGAUGCCUGGGAGAUGUCUAAUAUACACUGUCUACUCUUUGAUCAUUCCAGA